CGUUACUUGCAUAAAUCAAGUAUAAAGAAACUUUAUAUCAUAUAUAAAGAAGAAGAAUUUGUGUAAAAAUGCAAUCGUUGAAGUGUCAUGUCAUUUUUAAAAAAAAAAAAAUUCAAACACAUCGACAGGUGGAGAGGAUGACAGCCAAAAAUCCAACAGAGAAAGAGAUGGCAACAGAGAAGAAAGAAGAAAGGAUCAAUGAAGCAGAGAUGAACAAACAGGCGACUCAAGGCAGGCCACAUUAUUCAAACACGACUACGGGGCCUACUGGACACUCAACUGGGCUACACCAGAUGUCAGCCUUACCAGACCAUGGCACUGGUGAGCCCAUGGGUCAAGUGACUGAUGGGGUGGUUCAGUCACAGUCACACCCCAUCAGAACAGCCACGGGGACUCAAAGGGCAUCUACUGCUCAUAACACUCGUGUUGGUGGUGGGAUUAAUCAGGGCUAUGGCACCGGUGGUAACUAUAGUUAGGUUAGGGUUGGAG